UCUGUUUCAGGCAGGACCAAAAUGUGGUUGUUAUUAACAACAGCAAGUUUGAUCUCUGCACUUGGAACUACACAUGGUUUCUUCGGAAAAUUAAAUCCGGAAAGCCCUGAAGUAGCUAUGAAUAUUAGUCAGAUGAUUUCCUAUUGGGGAUACCCAAGUGAAGAAUAUAUAGUUGUGACUGAAGAUGGUUAUAUCCUUGAGAUCAACAGAAUUCCUUACGGGAAGAAAAAUUCAGAGAAUAGAGGCCAGAGACCUGUUGUGUUUUUGCAGCAUGGUUUGCUAGCAUCGUCCUCGAACUGGAUUUCCAACUUGCCCAACAAUAGCCUGGGCUUCCUUCUGGCAGAUGCUGGUUAUGAUGUGUGGCUGGGGAACAGCAGAGGAAAUACCUGGGCCAGGAGAAAUAUAUACUAUUCACCAGAUUCAGUUGAAUUCUGGGCUUUCAGCUUUGAUGAAAUGGCUAAAUAUGACCUCCCAUCUACAAUCGACUUCAUUUUAAAGAAAACUGGACAAGAGAAGCUACACUAUGUUGGCCAUUCCCAGGGUACCACCAUUGGUUUUAUUGCUUUUUCUACCAUUCCCAAGCUGGCUAAAAGAAUUAAAGCCUUUUAUGCAUUAGCUCCAGUUGCCACUGUGAAGUAUACGAAAAGCCUGAUAAACAAACUUACACUUAUUCCUCCAUUCCUCUUCAAGAUUAUAUUUGGUAACAAAAUAUUCUACCCACACAACUUUUUUGAUGAAUUUCUUGCUACUAAAGUGUGCUCCCGUGAGACGUUGAACCUCAUCUGCAGCAAUGCCUUAUUUAUCAUUUGUGGAUUUGACAAUAAGAACUUGAACACGAGUCGCUUGGAUGUGUAUCUGUCACACAACCCAGCGGGAACUUCAGUUCAAAACAUGCUCCACUGGACCCAGGCUAUUAAGUCCGGAAAAUUUCAAGCUUUUGACUGGGGAAGCCCAGUUCAGAACAUGGCGCACUAUGAUCAGCCUUCACCUCCCAACUAUAAUUUGACAGACAUGAGAGUGCCAAUUGCAGUGUGGAGCGGUGGCAAUGACUGGUUGGCUGACCCUCAAGACGUUGACCUCUUGCUUCCAAAACUCUCUAAUCUCACCUACCACAAGAAGAUUCCUCCUUACAAUCACUUGGACUUUAUCUGGGCAAUGAAUGCCCCUCAAGAAGUUUACAAUGAAAUUAUUUCUAUGAUGAAAGAAGAUAAAAAAUAAUUCUGGAUUUAAAGAAUUAUCCAUUUAUUUUUCCAAAAUACUUUCUUUUCUGACACGUAGUUUCCUAUAAUGUUUGAGAUGGAGUGCUUCUUUCUGUAAUUUUGACUUUACAAAUAUAUU